GAACAAGCAUUUUUUUGCCAUGUCUAUCAGCUGCUUCAGUUUGUUUUUUAAAAAAACAAAAUCCAAACUGUUUUUUUCUGAUUAUAAGAUUGAUCAUUGUAGAAUAUGUAGAAAUUCUUAAGGAUGAAAUAAGGAGAAAAUGUCUUAUAUUCAUUUUACUAGACUGCUUUGCUUUACCUAACAUUUCAGUAUAUUUUCUAAAAUAUUUUUAGCAGAGUCAUUUUAAUUGCUGUGUAUAAUUCCAUCUUUUUGGUGCCUAGAGCGGACCAUUGGUGCCAUGUGGAACGUGAUUGUUUUGCUGAUCCUGUUCACACUAAGCCCGGGUUGCGAUGGGCUGUUUCGCUCCAUAUACAAAAAUGUCAAGGUUUCUGCACCAGUUGAGGGAGAUGCAGGACAGCCAUUAUUUCUUACUCCUUAUAUUGAAGCUGGAAAAUUCACAGAAGGGAAACAUUUGAGUUUGGUUGCUCCUUUUCCUGGAUCGAAUAUAAAGAGUUACGCUGGCUACAUCACUGUGAAUAAGACUUACAACAGCAAUCUCUUCUUCUGGUUCUUUCCAGCCUUGGUACAGCCAAUGGACGCUCCAGUGGUUCUCUGGCUGCAGGGUGGGCCAGGAGGUUCAUCUUUGUUUGGACUCUUUGUGGAACACGGACCUUAUGUGGUCACAAGUAACCUGACCUUGCAUGCCAGAGACUUCCCGUGGACCACCACAUUGUCCAUGCUUUACAUUGACAAUCCAGUGGGCACAGGAUUCAGCUUUACUGAUGAACCUCAGGGAUAUGCAACCAAUGAGGAUGACGUGGCACGUGACUUAUACAGCGCACUCAUUCAGUUUUUCCAGUUGUUUCCUGAAUAUCAGAAGAAUGACUUUUAUGCCACUGGUGAGUCUUAUGCAGGGAAAUACGUACCUGCCAUUGCACACUAUAUCCACAUGCUCAACCCCAGAAUGGAGCUGAAGAUCAACCUGAAAGGAAUUGCCCUUGGAGAUGCUUAUUCUGAUCCUGAAUCUAUCAUAAGGGGUUAUGCCGCAUUCCUAUACCAAAUUGGCUUGUUGGAUGAGGAGCAAAGAAAGUACUUCCAGAAGCAGUGUGAUGAGUGCAUAAAAUACAUCCAGGAGGAGAAGUGGGCUCUUGCCUUUGAAGUCCUGGAUAAACUACUAGAUGGAGACUUAACGAGUGAUCCUUCUUACUUCCAGAAUGUCACAGGAUGUUCUAAUUACUACAACCUUUUACAGUGCACGGAACCUGAGGACCAAAAUUACUAUGGGAAAUUUUUGUCCCUUCCGCAAGUGAGACAAGCCAUCCAUGUGGGGAACCGGACUUUUAAUGAUGGAUCCGAAGUUGAGAAGUACUUGCGAAAAGAUACUGUACAAUCAGUUAAGCCAUGGCUAACCGAAAUCAUGAAUAAUUAUAAGGUUUUGAUCUACAAUGGGCAACUGGACAUCAUUGUGGCAGCACCCCUGACAGAGCUCUCCUUGUUGGCCAUGAACUGGAAAGAUGCCAAGGAAUACAGGACAGUGGAAAGAAAAGUUUGGAGGAUCUUUAAAACUGAUAGUGAAGUGGCUGGUUAUGUGCGGCAAGUGAAUGACUUCUGUCAGGUUAUUGUCCGAGGUGGAGGACACAUUUUACCAUAUGACCAGCCUCUGAGAGCUUUUGACAUGAUUAAUCGAUUCAUUUAUGAAAGAGGGUGGGAUCCUUAUGAUGAAGAUGCUUUCCUAAAACAGGGCACUUCAGGAUUUUAAUCUUUGAAAAUUUUCAAAAUUGAAAAUGUUAUAGAAAUAAGAUUGUCUUUUUUAUAUCUGAAAACUGUUUCUCAGCAAUAAAAACUUUUCCUUGUAACAACCGAGUUCUGUUUUGAGGAGAGAUGGUCCAUUACUUUAAGAAAAUGCUGUGCAUGAGUGGGAAUUACAUCUUUUAACUUAAAGGAUGGAAGAGUAGAUUCUGAGACACCAAUUCAGAUAGAAUUGGUUAAAUGGGAUAUUAGGGUCUUGGAUAGAAAUUUUAAUUCCAAGAAUAUGUAAAAAAGUGUAAUAAAUGAAUAAAGUUGUAACAACAUGGUCUUCAGUCAAGAAGCUUGUCAAACCAUGCAUGUGAAGGUGUUUUGUAAAUGUUAUUGGAUAAAAACAGUACUGAGUGAGUUAUAAUAGUGGUAGGGGCCAGCCUUGGGUAUGUAGAAAGUCUACCAUGAAAGGUAGCUUGGAAUUUUUAGAACUAGAUGCUAUACAUUCAGAUGCUGUAUGAAUUGAUUGAUAACAAGCAGAGGAUCUUAUCCAGAGAAUAUACUGAAUUUGCUUUUUCUCCUUUUUUUUGAGUUUGUUGGUUCAUUUGAAAUAUACACAUUCAUCUAAUAGCCUGCAGGCCACAUUAGUUAUGAGCCAUUUUUAAUUUGGGUUUUAAAUUCUGUACUUCUUUAAGCCAAAUAAAAAAUAACCUAAUUUUGUAUAAUUGUGUGACUAGCAACAAAAAUUUGAGAUAAUCUGGCAUCAAAACACAUUCAUUUAUAAAUAUGCAUACAUUAGUAAUUUUCCAACUAAAAUAUCACAUCUUGGCACAUCUUUUCUAUUUAUGUAUCAUGUGUUCAUAUCUCUCAAAUUCUCUAGCACAUUUGGCUUUUCCACAUCAUUUCCCUCUCAUAUUACCCAUCUAAGAAUUGGCUCACUGGAUAACUCAAUUUAAAAAGUCAAAGCUUGUUCUUGCUGCAAAUAUUUUACUAAUUUCUCAUUUUGUAUCUGAUUU